GGGCAUGCCCGGUGCGGGCCGUGCGGGCCCCGGGCCCGGCCCCCUCCAAACCCCCCGCCCCGGAACAGGGUCCGUCCGUCUCCUGGCCGUCCACGAUGAGAGGUUGGGGGGGCCCUGACUGCCCCUGUCCCCGUAGUUGAUAGUUUGGGCGACGAAGGGGAUGCGGGAGUAGAGAUGGCCGACAGCGUGAAAACCUUUCUCCAUGACCUCGCUCGGGGGAUCAAGGACUCCAUCUGGGGCAUCUGCACCAUCUCCAAGCUGGACGCCCGGAUCCAGCAGAAGAGGGAGGAGCAGCGGCGGAGGAGGGCGAGCAGCGUCCUGGCCCAGAGGAGAGCGCAGAGCGAGGAGCGCAGGCAAGAGAGCGAACCCCGGAUUGUGAGUCGGAUCUUCCAGUGCUGCGCCUGGAACGGAGGGGUGUUCUGGCUGAGUCUGCUGUUGUUUUACCGAGUGUUUAUUCCCGUGCUUCAGUCGGUCACGGCGCAGAUCAUCGGAGACCCUUCCCUGCACGGAGAUGUCUGGUCCUGGCUUGAGUUCAUCCUCACCUCUAUCUUCAGUGCCCUGUGGGUGCUCCCCCUCUUUGUGCUCAGUAAAGUCGUCAAUGCCAUCUGGUUCCAGGACAUUGCCGACCUGGCUUUUGAGGUGUCGGGGAGGAAGCCCCAGCCCUUUCCCAGCGUCAGCAAGAUCAUCGCCGACAUGCUUUUCAACCUCCUGCUGCAGGCCCUCUUCCUGAUCCAGGGCAUGUUUGUGAGCCUCUUCCCCAUUCAGCUCGUGGGCCAGCUGGUCAGCCUCCUGCACAUGUCUCUCCUCUACUCGCUCUAUUGCUUCGAGUACCGCUGGUUCAACAAAGGGAUCGAGAUGCACCAGCGACUGUCCAACAUCGAGAGGAACUGGCCCUACUACUUUGGGUUCGGCCUGCCGCUGGCCUUCCUCACCGCGAUGCAGUCCUCUUACAUCAUCAGCGGCUGCCUCUUCUCCAUCCUUUUUCCUCUCUUCAUCAUCAGCGCCAAUGAAGCGAAGACCCCCGGGAAAGCGUACCUCUUCCAACUGCGCCUCUUCUCCCUGGUGGUCUUCCUCAGCAACAGGCUCUUUCACAAGACGGUUUAUCUGCAGACUGCGCUGAGCAGCUCAGCCUCCGCAGAGAAGCUGCCUUCGCCGCACCCGUCUCCUGCCAAACCGAAGAGCGCCACGGGCCACUGAACCCCGCCUCCCCCAACCCAUCCCCGUCCCGCCGAAGGGGACCGGGGGGGGGGUCGGGGCCGGGGCCGGGGCCGGGGGCGGCCUCUCCUCCUCCGCCCCCAUCCCCCGGGGUAAGCGGGGUCCCCUCGGCCAAGGGCCCGCAGAUUCCCGCCAUUCCCUUUAAGGAUUUGGAAUUUCUGUCGUCUUGUCGCGAGUGUCGGGCGGACCCUUUUUCGACCCCCCAGCCUACGGAUUUUUAACACCGCGGCGCAACCGAGAUGGCCGCCGGUUUUUCUGCAAGUCUUUUCUAGCGUUUGCCAGCCUUGGGCCUGUACUGGUUUGAAUCCUCCGCUUUUCUCCCUGUGCCAUUUCCCCUCCCGGCAUCCCCCCUUCCUGCUCCCCCCGGGAUGAAUGGGUUUUGUAAUUCCAGUUGUGGCGAUUAUUUUGUUUUUCUCUCCCC